AUGUUCCAAAAUAUUUAACUUAAAGCAAACUUCCAUGAGAUGAGAUUGAACCCAUCCAGACCAGUUUAUCAAUACAAAUUAGAAAUUACAGAUUCCUCACCUGAGAAAGUAAGUGAGGCACUAAAGAAAUUUAGACCUUAACUCUAGACUUAAUUGAUCUUAUUUAUGAGCUUGAACUAAAACAUUUAUUCCCCAAAGCUUAUCUAAGAAGCUGAUAAUGGAUUAGUUUUAGGUUCGUUGAGUGGAAAUGAGACAAAUCAAGAUACAGCAACUCUCAAACUAGUAGGGAAGAUUGAGAACAAAGCUGACUUAAAUAUCAUUAUCUCAAGACUUUUCAAAUAAGUCAUCAGAAGCUAAAUGCAAAUGGUUUCAGUUGGUAACAAAGGAUAGAAACUAUUUUGGUCAAGCAGAGCAUAGCAAUUUAAAGAUUAGAAUUUAGAAAUUUGGCCAGGUGUAGAAUGUAUUUUUAGACCAGGAGAAGGUGGAGCUUAAAAUCCAACUUUAGUCAUCGAUUGCGCAUUCAAAAUGCUUAGAUAUAGAUCUGCCUUAGAAGAAUUGAAUUAAACUAGAAAUCCAGCUUGUAUUCAAGAUUAAAUUGUGAUGACUACUUACAAUAAGAAGUUCUAUAAGGUUGAGGCUGUUGAUGUUAAUCUUAAACCAGCAAGCACAUUUACUAAUGAAAAAGGAGAAACUAUUUCAUUUGCUUAAUAUUAUGAAUAAAGAUAUAAAGUGAAAGUUGAUGGAAAUUAACCAUUAAUCAGAGCAACUGUGAGGAGCAAAUAAGAUAAAACAGAAAAAACAAUUCAUUUAAUCCCUUAAUUAUGUUAGUUAACAGGUUUAACUGAUGCAAUAAGAAAUGAUUUCAAUGCCAUGAAGAAUUUAGCUGAGCUGACUAAAGAAAUGAAGAUGGCUUAAGAAUUUGCUAAUUAGUUAGCCAGCACUGAAAUUGUUAACAAAGGAUCAGGAACUAAGAGAUAAAUCUUCAAAGAGUGGGGAGUAGAAAUUAAUCCUGGAAGUAUGGAUGUACCUGCUAGAAGAAUCCACCCAGGAAAUAUGUUAAUGGGAAAUGGGUUAAAAUUAGAUCUAUCAAGUCCUUAAACAAAUCUAGAUAGAUAAACUUAAACUUAAAUGUUUUCAACUCCUCCUUAAUAACUUAUUUUGGGAAUCAUCUACAAUAAAAAAACUGGACAAUAAACUAUGGAUUCUUUGAUGUAAAACUUUUAAGCCGCUUGUAAUGACUUUAAGUUUUAAGCAUUCAUGGCUCCAAAGGUUUUCCCUAUUGAAUAGGAUAGAGAUGAGGAUUUAGAAAGGGUUCUUGAUGGCUUUUAAAAGUAAGCUGAAGCUAAUAAAGCCAAAGUUGGAUUCUUAUUAUUCCUUCUACCUGGGUAAAAAAAAAAGGCAAGAUUGUAUAAAACAGCUAAGAAGAUUUCAAUGCAAAAGUUUGGUUGUGCAUCUUAAGUGGUUGUUGAGAAAACUCUUGCCAAAAAUACAAGGUCGAUUGUUAAUAAAAUAUUAAUUCAGCUAAAUGCUAAAGUUGGAGGUACUCCUUGGGCAAUUGAUAGUUUGCCAACUACUUUUUAAAAUCAACCUACUAUGAUUUGCGGAACCGAUUGCUUUGUUAAAAGCGGAAGAAAAAACUAAUUAGCUUUCUGUAGCACUGUUGAUAGAAAUUUAAGUAGAUAUUAUUCUCAAGUUGUUACUUCUGGAGAAUUCAGUUAGCAUCUUUAACAAGUUUUCAAAGCAUCACUUUUGGCCUUCAAAGAAUAGAACGGAAUAUUUCCAAAGUUGAUUAUUAUAUAUAGAGAUGGGGUUGGAGAUGGAUAAUAAGCAGUUGUUCUUGCUAAUGAAUUACCAUAAUAUAAAUAAGCCUUGGAAGAACUACAAAUUACAGAUACUAAAAUUUCAUUGGUUGUAUGCAAUAAAAGAGUUUCAGCUAAAUUCUAUACUGGUGGAAAUGCUAGACCUGAUAAUCCUUAACCAGGAACAUGCGUUGAUAACCCUAAAGUAGUUGAAUAAUCAAAUCCUAACUUUUAUUUAAUUUCACAAGUAACUAGGUAAGGAACUGUAACUCCUUCCUUAUAUAAAAUAAUUCAUUCAGAUUAAGCAGGACUUGAUGACGACAUCAAAGUUUUGACAUUCAAAUUAUGCUGGCUCUUCUAUAAUUUUACAGGCUCUAUUAAAAUCCCUGCUCCUGUCAGAUAUGCUCAUUGUCUUUGCAACUUUAUUGGAGAUAACUAUGAUGACAGGGAUUAAGUAAAGUUCCUCCCCUUACCAGACCUUGUUAAAUAAAAAGUCCUAUUUUAUAUUUGAUUUAUCAGUUCAUAUCAAUAUACAUAAAGUAAAUCUAAAAAAUUA